AAGGAAAAACGCGUUGAAUUGUCACUAUACAGAAAACAAAACUCGGCAAUUGGAAUGAGUGUGUGUAAUCAGUCUGACAAUCCUCAGGUGGUGCGAGUGUAAUCAGUCCAGAAGCAGCAUCAGCUGUGGGAGUCUAAUCAGUGGAGACUUGGAGCAGGACUUCAUUACUUCAGACAGCAGGACUCAUCAAUGGAGGAAACAACACAACUCAGCUUCUCCAAUAGCAGCGUCUCCAACGGUUCCUCCUGUUCUCGAGACAGCACUCUGAAAACCAUCGUCUUCCCCGUCCUGUACUCCAUCCUCCUCAUCCUGGGAUUAUCUCUGAAUGGUCUGGCGGCUUGGGUUUUUCUCCGAAUCCCCAGCAAAUCCCACUUCAUCAUCUACCUGAAGAACAUCGUGGUGGCCGACAUCAUCAUGACCCUCACGUUCCCCUUUAAAAUAUUGUCCGAUGCAAACAUAGCGUCGGUGGGCAUCCGCAUUUUUGUGUGCCGCGUAUCCUCAGUGCUCUUCUACCUCACCAUGUACAUCAGCAUCCUAUUUUUCGGUUUGAUCAGCAUCGAUCGCUGCAGGAAAACCAUGUGGCCGUUCGUAGGCACCAACCCCAAACGUCUUCUACACCGAAAACUGCUUUCAGGACUCAUCUGGACGUCUCUCCUGGCUCUUUCGCUCCCAAAUGUAAUCUUAACCAGUCGUCCGAACGUCGGAGAACGCUUCAAAUGCAGCGAUCUCAAAACUGAUUUCGGCCUGCAAUGGCAUGAAGUGGUCAAUCACAUAUGCCAGGUCAUCUUUUGGGGGAACCUAACAAUCGUGAUAAUAUGCUACACGCUUAUUUCCAGAGAGCUCUACAAGUCGUACGCCCGCACGAGAUCUCCACGUGAGACACAAAGCAACAAGAAGCACAUCCAGGUUAAUGUAUUCCUGGUGCUGGCCGUGUUUUUCAUUUGUUUCGUGCCGUUCCACUUCGCCCGAGUGCCCUACACCAUCAGCCAGACGCGCGGACGCUUGUUCAGCUGCCCGCAGAAGCUGUUUUUCUUCAAGCUCAAGGAGAGCACGCUCUGGCUGUCCUCCCUCAAUUCUGUGCUGGAUCCGCUCAUCUAUUUCUUCCUCUGCAAGUCCUUCAGGUCGUCGCUGUUUAACGUGAUGCGUUUGGCUCCGGGACGCUGCAGGAUCCUGAGGGAGCUCGGGACAGAUUCGGCCGGCGGUCAACAGGGAAACACACUGACAUGAUGGACAAAACAUGGACACACACAUGGGAAAACACUUGGUCUUGUUCUGUAAACAUGCACAAGUACAAAAGUUUUUCAACCACUGAUAAACUUCCGGUACAAGGCUGAUGUGUUCUUAAAGGUCCUGUUAGAUUAACAUAAAAAAAUGUAGAUGUUCAGUCUGUAAGUUUUAAGGACAUCUAAAUGUUGAUGUGCUCCAAAACUGUGAAAUUACAUUUAGACAACAUAAAACUGAUAUAAACAUUCAAAGUUUAAAUCACACUUCAGUUCAAAUCUUCCAACCAAUCAAAUGCUCUCUAGUGUCUGCCAUGCCCCGCCCCUUCUUCUCAUUGGCUGUUCAUUUGACAAGCUUGAGUUUAACCACUCUCACUGGCAGAGCUGUGAUGAAACCUAAGCACUAUUGGCUGAUUUUUUUUUAAAAAGGAGGAGCUACUCUUUAUCCCGCCCUCUGUUCAUGUUUCGGCCAAGAUUACGUCAAACAUUGAAUAUAAAUGCACAUUUCAAAGUGCUUCACGGGACUUUUAAGGUUUCUUUUACAGCAUUGAUAAUAUUUCAUUCAUUUAUUUUCUUUUUGGCUUAUUCCCUUUAUUAAUCUGGGGUCGCCACUGCAGAAUGAACCGCCAACUCAUCCAGCAUAUGUCUUUAUAUGUUUUUUAAUCCAUCACUGGGAAACACUCUCAUUCACACACAUACACUACGGACAAUUUUAGCUUACCCAAUUCACCUGUACAGCAUGUGUUUGGACUGUGGGGGAAACCGGAACACCCGGAGGAAACCCACGCCAACACGGGGAGAACAUGCAAACUCCACACAGAAACGCCAACUGACACAGCCGAGACUUGAACCAGCAACCUUCUUGCUUUGAGGCAACCUACUGUACCACGUCGCCCCCUAGCAUUGAUAAUGUAAUGUAAUUAACAUAAAAUCAGUUAAAUAGACUUAAGCAUUCAUUCAGAUGUUUUAGCGUAAAACAAAAUGAAAAUGGAAGCUCCUUCAGGAGCAGACAAGCGCAGAAACUCCAUUGAAAAUACUGUGGUAAAAUAUAGUUCCAUAUUUUAAAGACAUGAAGCAGAAGAAAGUACUUUAAUGCAGUGCUUCAUGUUUGGUCUGAGACUCACUUUAUAUCAUAUAUCAAUCAGGCAUUUUGAAAGAAAUCAGAUCUUAAAUGCAGCGCUUUUAUUAUGACUUGACAGUUCGCCGGAAGUGCUUGAGCUGGCUGACUGAAAAUUAAAAGUCCCAGUGCCAUAUACAGCAUUUUAUGUGUGAAAUAUGCGUACGGAUGUGUCAUGAUCUAUCAUGAUCCUUCAGAAACAUUUGUGUUCAAAUGUAUUCUGAACGUAUGAAAAAAUUCAAGAACAACUUAUACCCGGGGCCUUAUAAACAUGUAUAAAGUGCCCUACAUAUAGUUAGACAUGUAAUUUACUGGGUGAAAAAAAAGUAGCCGGACAAGGGUUGGGCCGAUAGACGAUGCCAUCGUCCAUCAACGAUGGCCGAUAGACACCACGAUGCUGAGGUGGCAUUGCAAUCCUCCGCCCCGCCCCAGUCGCAAAUCCGCU